UAAUGGCAUAUUAAUCAUAAUGUAAUUCAUAAAUGAAUACUAAUCACUCUUUAAAAGCACCAGUUGAUUCUCUAUUAGGAAGAGUUGUAUGCAAAAAUUACCUAAUCGUUUCCAAAAUUAAUGAAGGAUCAUUUGGUAAGGUUUAUAAGGCCAUUCAUUAAAUUAAACAAGAUUAUUAUGCAGUCAAAAUUGAGGCUUAAGAACAUAGAUAAAAAAAGGGAGAGACUUUGAGAUUGGAAGCAGAAAUUCUCAAAAAACUUAAUGGUGAAAAAGGAAUACCUAGAUUAUACUAUUAUAUUGAAGAUUCAACUUAAAGAGUACUUGUUGAAACCUUAUUAGGUAUUUCAUAUAAUAUUAAAUAUUUUAGGUAAGAACCUUGAUGAAUUGUAUAGUUUAUGCAACCACAAAUUCUCUUUGAAAACUAUCUUACUCUUUAUGGAUUAAGCGAUUAGUCGAUUAGAAUAUCUUCAUUCUUAAGGGGUAAAUAAUUUAAUGAGAUAAAGUGCCCUAGUAUAUACACAGAGACAUUAAGCCAGAGAAUUUCAUGAUUGGAAUUCCUCCAAAUGAAAACCUCAUCUAUCUUAUUGACUUCGGACUCAAUGCUCCAAUUUAUGAUUCAUAAAAGAGACUGUUGCCAAAAUUAAAAGGUUAACCAUUAGUUGGAACUGCUCGCUUUACCCCUAUUUGUUCUCAUUAAGGAUAUAGUUAAAGCAGAGCAAGUGAUUUAGAGUCCUUAGGUUAUUUGGCAAUAUUUUUUUUAAAAGGUUCUCUACCUUGGAUGAAGGUUGAAGCCUAAACCAAAGAGGAGCGGUUUAAUUUGAUAGGAUAAAAGAAAAUGAGAGAAACUCCAAUGUCGUUGUGGUAACGAUUGUAAGUAAUUUAAUUUUAGUUAUGGAUUACCUCGUGAGUUUGAGGGGUAUUUCAAUUACAUUUUUAAUGUCUCUCAUGAUACUGAACCUUCUUAUAAUUAUUUAAGAAAGUUGUUGAAAGGAUUAAUGCAUAGAAUGUAAUAUAAUGAUAAUGUUUUUGAUUGGCAAGAGAUAAUAAAGAAGGAGGAAGAAAGUAAAAAAAGUUCGAAUAAAAAGAUAAAAUUAAAUGCUUAAACUUAAUAAUUCAAACCUAUUGAAUCUGAGGAUGAAUAAGAUAGUCCUAAAGUGGCUAUGAUGUAAUCUAAGGAUUCUAAGAAAAGCUCAUCAAAUUUUCUUAAAAGAAGUAUCACUGAUCAAUUGAAUUUCUAAAAACAAUAAAGUAUUAAUCAAAGAAAUAAUAUCGAACUCUUAAUUUCAUAAAAUGAAUUGCUUAAUCUUAGAUUAAAAUAGAAAUUAUUAUCAAAUAAUAAUAAUAAUAACACUUAAGAAGAACCUGAAAACUUUGGCUUCGGUAUUAUGAAUGAAUAUUAUCCAUAUCCUACAAUGCAGUAAUAAAUGGAUCAGCUGAUUACAAUUAUUACUAAAUUUAUUAUUAAUUAAUGA